UUUGCUUUUGAGUUUAUUGUUAAGUUGUGUAGAUAUUAAGCUGCAUACUGAUUUGAGUUAUUAUGGCCUGGGCUCCGUCAACUAGCUUUGAGGAUGAUUUGGUUAAUUUCCAGCCCGAUUUCGAUUUGAUACAUGGCCAGUUGGCGUACGAGGCAAAACGGAGGCAGGAGUUUAUUCCACGUCCAAAGUCGACGUACGAGUAUCUUGCGAAUCGGCAGAGGCGAAACGCGGAGAUCGACAAAGUGAAUGCAUCCAAGUCGAAAGAGAUUCGCGGCAGUCUGGCAAUGAUGGAGCGCAUCCAGGAAAUUGCCGGCACAAAGCCAUUGGGCGAGCACGCGACCAUGGCCGAUUGGGAUGACACGAGCACCGUGGAGAAGGAGGCUAUCUCCAUGAUGCGACAUUUUGGCAUGAUGUCCAUGAUGGAUGGCACACUCGAAGCGCCGCGAACUGCGCCUGAGCCUUUGCCAGAGGGCAAUAUACACAUUAUACGCAAUGGACGCCGCAGCUUUCCAUUGAUCCUCGAUCCGAACUACUUUGAGCCUGGCAGGAAGCGCCAAAAUAGUAUGUCCAAUACGAGCAGCGACAGCAGCAGUCAAGAAAUGUAUGACGAGAUCCCGAACGAAUUGCUCGAAGAAACAACAUCGAUGGAAACGAAAUCGCAGCAAAAGAGGAAAACCAAAUAGAAGAAAUGGAGGAGGAGAACCAAAUAGAAGAAAUGGAGGAGGAGAACCAGAUAGAAGAAAUG